CCAAAGUUACUAAAUUUCACUGCUGUUAAUCAUAGAUAUGCGCUUUAUAACCUCAUGACAGACGUCAUGACAGUCGAGUGUAACUGGACCAAAGUAGGAGGUUAAGGGCUACGUGACUUCUAUAACGUCUAUAUCAUAGCUAUGGAGAGGCCGCGCAAGGCCAUUAAGCUGUUUGCGGGCAGCAGCGCUCCGGCGAGCGGGGAAUACCGGAAGCAGUUAGGGCUCCUGGACCUGAACUCCGAUCUGCUGCAUAGCAUCCUAUGUUUCCUCACGCCGCCCGAUAUCCUUGUCCUGCGGGGAACGUGUCGGCAGUUGUGCGGUGCCAUCGAUGCCCGUCGGACGUACAUUGUGAUGCACCUGAGCCAUAUCCAGCAAGCUCUGUUCCUGCAUCGGUGUCGGUUAUGUGAAGCAUCGACUCCACAGUGUUGUGUCCCCAACGCGUUGCAAACACCCAUCCUACUCCCAGCCAUCAGUUCAGCCAUCGCAUCAGCAACCUCAACUGAAGCUGCACUUGAAGUCUUAGUUUCCUGCACCCCCAGCAGUAAUACUCCUCCCGAACCCCACCACCUGUCCGAUGCAGCCUCCUCCGCAGCUUCUCGUGCUCCUCAUCGCAGCCCCAUCCUCUCAGCCUUUGACAAAUGGCCCAACCUGCGCGAUGUCUACGUGCUCGGCGACAUGCCGGAAGGCCUCAUAUCCCGGCUGGUGCAAGACGCUGUCGCAGUCGGCCGUUUAGCAGACCUUCGCACGCUGCUGCUUCAGCGCACACGCUGGGGCUCCCAGCUGCGUGCCACAGUCGUGGCAGCCCAAAUCGCCUGCGAGGCUGCACUCCUGGGCGCCAUGCCCGAGGCUGACGCGGUUUCGGAGCUUGAAUCCCUGGACCUCCCACGCCCUCCCCGCUACGACCCAGAUGCCGUCAUCACAGGGCUGAUCGCAGCAGCUAACGGCGGUAACGCCCCAAACGGCGCCAACGCUGGCGGCGGCAACGUUAAUGCCAACGGCGGCGCUGACGCCGACGCUGACGGUGAUAUUGACGUUGUAGGCGAUGGAGGAGGAGGAGGUGGAGGAGGAGGAGGUGGAGGAGGAGGAGAAGGCGGUGGAGGAGGUGGUGGAGGGCCCCCACAGCCCAACCCAGAUCUCCCUCCGUUCCCACCGCACCUACCGCCACCCGGCCUCUUCCACCUGUCGCAGCUAGACGAGCGAGCGCGCGAUCCGCUAGCACACUCGCUGCUGCACUGGCUCGUACACUUCGCUGCCGUACUGUCGUAUUCCGGAUCCUAUUCGGAGGCCGAGCGCGUGGCGGCCCUGUUGUGGCUGCCUCCCAUUGCUGACGUGGCGCGUACGACACUCGCGGCGGUGCAGCUCGCACGGAAGCGCAUGUGGGGUGCGGGGCGGACGCUCCUCCGGGUGCACCCCCGGCAUGCGGCGCCGCUGGCGGAGUUUCUGUUCGAAGUCCUGGAGGCGCCGAAGGCCGCCGCUGCUACCGGUCAAUCCGGUGGCGGCGGCGGCGGCAGCAAUAGCGCUGGCGGUGGCGCCAGCGAAACAGCAGCAGCAGCUGCUCCUGCAGAAGGUACCAUGGCCGGGGCAAACAAAGCGGAUGCUACAGAGCGUACGGCAGUUCCUGGGAAGUAUAAUAGUAAGGCGCUGUACUCACAGUACGACGACAGCAGCGGUGGCAGCAGCAGCACCGGCGCCUCCUCCACCGCCGACGCCGAGGAGGAUCGGCGCGUCCUCCAUCAACGUCUCGUGGCGCUGUCCGCUGCCGUACAAGCGGCGGAGGCGUUACACGUCGGCCACGGCGGCGCGCAUGCCGUACUCAUGGGGCCCUCCUCGGCGCUAGCGAUGGCUUUCCUGCUGUCGGUCACGCACUGCGCGCACGGGCGGCCGGAGUGGGGCCUUCAGGAGCUCCAGACCUUCUGGCGGGAGCGGAGUGCGAAACUGAAGGCGCGGAAGGAGCGGGUACGACAGUUGAUUGAGCGCGGGGAGCGGCGGAAACGCAGGGAGGCGAGGAAGCGAGCGGCACGACGUGGCGCGGCGGCGGCAGCGGCAGCGGCGGCGGCUGCAGCCGCUGUCGGCGACAAUGCUGACGCCAGAGGGGACGAACAGGGCAGGAACAGGGCUGUGAACGACGGCCCCCAUGGCAACAACGAGGGGCAUGUUGAGGGAGGCGAUCAUGCUGCCGCCGCCCCCGGCCCCGCCACCAACACCACCAACAGCGACGACGACGACGACGACGAUGAGGACUUCAGUCGCUUCCGCCGAGCCUUCCUGGAGCUGGAGCUCUCCUCCAUUGACCGGCAGCUGGCCGACGGCGCAGCGGAGUUCGCCGCCGCAGUCAACGAGUACCUCAGCAAGCACAUGCUGCCCGCCUGCCGUACUCACCGCUACAGCGCCUGCUGGGACCCCGCAGCGCCGGGGCCGGCGGCGAAGCAUGCGGAUGCGGGCGCAGGUGCGAGUGCGGGUGUGGGUGCAGGCUUGGCGGCGACGAUGGGGGCUGAGCUGACGAGGGCCGCUGCCGCCGCCGCUGUGUCGCACCGUGUGGCCAGCCUGCUCCGGGCGCCGGCGGACCCUGGCGGAGGAGGUGAUGGAAUGGGGCUGGACGGCGCUGCGGCUGCUGCUGCAGGGGGCGGUGCCGCUGCGUGCACACCCGCAGCCGCUGCCGCCGCUGCCACCGCCGCCGGGCCCUCUACCUCUUCAGGUGUCGUACCGCCGCCGCAGCCACUGCCAUCGUCGUCCCUUCCACCCCCUCCACCAGCAGCAGCAGCAGCAGCGCCGCCACCGCUGCUAGUACCCAUGUCGCUGCACCUGCUGACCCCCCGAGCCGCCCAGUCUCGCGUCCUCUCACUCCUGCUGCUCCUCCUAAACCCCGGCCGCGCGCCCUCCUCACCCCCCUCCUCACCCACCACCACCUCCCUCGCCUCCCACCUCUCCGCCACCUGCCUUCCCUCCCACGACGACCCGGCCAUCCGGGAGGCCCUCUGCAGCACCGCGGCACUGCUCCUGGUCGGCAGCGGCCUCAUCCUCCCCUCCCUGGAGGUCCUAGCCGCCUGUCCGCUCCGGAACCACGCCCACCGCUCCGCCCUGCUGGACCGCUUCUGGGCGCUGGCGGGCGCCGGGAGCACCUGGGUUCAGACGCUGCCGUACCAUGCGGAGGUGAAGGACGGCGGCGGGCGGGAGGUGCCGCUGCUGCCGCCGGCGGGGGGAGAAGGUGGAGGAGGAGGGCGGGGGCGGGCUGGGGAGGAGGAGGGGGAGGAGCAGGAGCAGCUGGGGUUUGGGGAUUUGGAGGCGCUCCCCGGCAGCAGGCUCUACUUCCUGGAGGGUCAGGUGAGGGGGCUGGUGGGAGGGUGGGGUACUGGAGUUAAAGGUGGAGGAGGAAGGGUGGGAGGGAUGUAGGAGGAUGGUUGGCGUUGCAUGGAGAUCGCUUGGAUGUGGGAUUGUAGCCCGGGGACUGCACGACGUGGUGGCUGCGAGGCGACUUGCAGGCGGGUCUGCUCGGUCUGCAAGUAGACCCACUCGGUAAUCCUGCAUUGAACUCCCUUAACCGCCAACCACCAACCACCAACCGCCGCCAUGCAGCCGCUCUGGGUGUUGGGCAUGGAGGAGUUGAUGCAUCCGGAUGCGUGGGCGGCUGGGGGGCAGCCGGAUGAGGGCGCGGAGGAUGAAG